AUGCAGCCCUAGUUGAUCAUUAUAUUGUGAAUAGCAUCAAUUUCAAAGCCCAGAUCUCUGCCCUUGUACGUGCUGACAAUGGCACAGAUGAGGAGUCAACAAGAAUAAACUAAUAUACAUGCCAGAAUGCAGAAUGCAGCUACAAGGGUCGAGGUGGAUUUCAUUGGAUGCCUAUGUGGGAUGGGCCGACAUACCUGGAGAAAAUUCCUCGCUUGAAGAGUUUUGCUCCGAGCUAAAAGACUUAUUUUGCCCUAAAAUGUAACCUGAACACCCUGAUAGCUGAGGCUACGCUGAUAAUUUCUACGGAUAGUCUACCCUACAUUCGCUCACUUCUCAAACAGCUGAGUCACACGUCAUACGGCAUAUAUCACCAUACCCGAUACGACGCAAAAUUCUAUGACCUCUUGAAUAUGAGUGUGUUUCCUAUCUGGACAGGGAAGUGGGGAGCUCAGUUCGCUAAGUUAAAAAGCUCUAGGAUGUCAUGGUAUAUCGCUGAUGCCCUCUAUAUACCAGACUGUUUUGAAUGGAAAGUGCUGCUUCUAGCUUUAUAUGUUAACCAUAGUGUUGAGGUUAGUAGGCGUCCAUUAAUUCUCCGACGACAUAAUGAUGCUUUAAAGUAGUUUUGACUAUUAAGGGAGAAGAAAGGCUUGUUAUAUGACUAUCUAUAGCCAAGGGAGCCAUUGGGGGAUCUUGGACGAACUUGAUGUGCUAAAUAUCAUGAGGUCUAUAUAGAAGUACUGUUGAAAGUGUAGGUGGUAAAAGAGUUAUUUCAUGUAUACGGUACGGG